UAUAUGAGGAGGAGAAGUUCGCUGGUCUCCACCAAGCUCCAGCCAGCCUUAGUGGACGUGAGGAUCUAACCGAGGAGCUCCGUCCAUCUACAGCUGUCUCACGGACACAUCCUCGCACCUGAGCGCACGUCUGUGCCGCAGAGUCCGGCGUUCAUCAUGCCUCGUUCAUUCCUUGUGAAGAAGUAUUUCCCCAACAAGAAAGCGUGCUACAGGGGGAGUCAGCUGGAGAGCCAAACUGCCUUUGUGCCAGAAAGCUUUCCCCGGGCCGAGCUUCCUACGGAGGACAACAGCGCGGCGCUGACCUGCUUCCCCGCCAUGUUCUUCUCCAGCGCGGACCCCGUCCACCCACCGCUGUCCCCCGCCGCCCCCGCCUCCCUCCCCCCCUCGCCCCUCGGCCCCCUGGACCUCAGCAGCUCCCCCUCCGGCAGCAGCGGCGACGAGGAGGAGGACGGCGGGCGCACGUCGGACCCGCCCAGCCCCGACCCGCUCCAGCACCAGCACCAGCACCAGCACCAGCACCAGCACCAGCACCUCUACCACUGCCUGCACUGCACCAAGAGCUACGGCAGCCUCCCGGCGCUGUCCAAGCACCAGCUGGCCCACCGCCCGCCGGCCCGCGGGCCGCCCGCGCCCCCGGCGCCGCCCGCGGCCCCCGAGGUGGCGGCGCGGCCCGCCUUCCACUGCAAACACUGCCCCAAGGAGUACAGCAGCCUGGGGGCCCUGAAGAUGCACAUCCGCUCGCACACGCUGCCCUGCGUGUGCCCCACGUGUGGCAAGGCCUUCUCCAGGCCGUGGCUGCUCCGGGGCCACAUUCGCACGCACACAGGUGAGCGUCCCUUCGCGUGCCAGCACUGCAACCGGGCCUUCGCCGACCGCUCCAACCUGCGCGCCCACCUGCAGACCCACUCCGAGGUCAAGAAGUACCAGUGCGGCUCCUGCUCGCGCACCUUCAGCCGCAUGUCGCUGCUGCACAAGCACAACGCGUCCGGGUGCUGCCCCGCCUCGUAGGCCCGGACGGGUGGGUUCUGUUGGAGCCGGGUCACUCAGAGGACAUGUGAAGUAUGGAUGCCAGCAUUCCUCGCUCCAGGAGGGGAUCGAAGGAGAAGAUGCAGCUUUUACAACUUUUUAAGUGCCUUAACUUCUGGACUCUUUAGGUUUCGGGUCAUUCUUUGUCCUGUGUGUUUGUGUACGGGGGGGUCGGGGGGCAACUGGGCCUGUGAACUGCCAGGAACCCCGUCGGUGCCGGCCGGUCCGGGACUCUGGCCAUGUUGCAGCUGCUUGGGCGUGUUUGUGUGUCUGUGUAUGUGGGGAUGUCAUUCCUCACCGUGUGUGUGUCUGUGAGUGUGUGUGUGUGUGUGUGUGUUGGGACAGCUGUCUGUGCAUGGUGCAUUGUGGAGGCGGUGGUGGUGAGAGAUGCGUUGGCUGUGACCUCGGUGACAGGUGACCCUCUGCUCACUCCCGCUCAUGCCACAAACACUUUCCACACACACUCAUAAUGUGUGUGUGGACAUUAAAGGACCAAACACAAUUUGCCUUUAACACUGGGCAUGUUAUUAAGGGGAGUUUUAUGAUUUUUUUGAACAUGUUGUUCACUGUUUUGCAUUUUUGCCACAUGUAAAUAAAAGCAU